CAGACUCUCCUACAUGUUCGGUUUUGUGUACGGAAGUGGUCAGCAGGUUGUAAGGUCAGAGGGUAAAGGCUACAGCUCUUUCGAUUGAGAAUACACACAGCCAUCUUGGAUCUAACGAAGCGAAGGGAAAUUGAUGCGGUGACGAAAGGCAUGUUUGGUGCUAGAAAGAAGUUUGUAGAGUUCGUCGAGGUAGUCGAUAACGACUUUACUGAUGAAAGCAUGUACUACAACCAGCCGUCGAUGUUUCCACAUCGAUCGGACAAAGAUAUGCUGUCCUCACCUUCACCAUCGUCGUCGGGUCAGCUGUCGCAGCUCGGUGCAAGUUUGUACGGUCCACAAAGUGCACUUGGCUUCUCGGUACGGGGCAUGGGAAACAGUACACCUCAGUUAAACCGAAAUUUAACGCAAGGCACGCAGCUACCAAGUCAUAUCACCCCUACAACGGGGGUCCCCACCAUGUCCCUCCAUACCCCUCCAUCGCCAAGCAGGGGGACAUUACCGAUGAAUUCGAGGAACAUGCUGAACCACUCUCAGGUCGGUCAAGGCAUUGGAAUGAGCGGCAGGACCAAUAGUAUGGGAAGCUCGGGGCUGGGAAGCCCCAACCGCAGCUCGCCAAGUAUCAUCUGUAUGCCCAAACAGCAGCCAGCACGCCAGCCCUUUACCAUAAACAGCAUGUCAGGAUUCGGUAUGAACCGCAAUCAGGCCUUUGGGAUGAACAACUCAUUAUCAAGCAGCAUCUUCAAUGGCACAGAUGGGAGUGAAAAUGUAACAGGACUGGAUCUGUCAGACUUCCCUGCAUUAGCAGACAGGAGUCGGCGAGAAGGGACUGGAAACCCAACACCGGUGCUCAACCCACUGGCUGGACGGGCUCCUUAUGUUGGCAUGGUGACGAAGCCAUCAACCGAACAGACACAGGAUUUCUCUAUCCACAACGAGGACUUCCCUGCACUGCCUGGCCCAAACUAUAAGGACCCCACGUUGAACAACGACGACAGCAAAACUAACUUGAACUCCACAAGCAAGAGCACAUCCAAUGCAGAUGGGCCCAAGUUCCCUGGAGACAAGACGGCCUCAGCACAGAACAACAACCAGAAGAAAGGGAUCCAGGUGUUGCCCGAUGGUCGGGUGACGAACAUUCCCUCAGGAAUGGUGACAGACCAAUUUGGCAUGAUUGGCCUGCUGACGUUUAUCCGGGCGGCGGAGACUGAUCCGGGGAUGGUCCAUCUGGCGCUAGGAAGUGACCUCACGACACUGGGACUCAAUUUAAACUCACCAGAAAACUUGUACCCCAAGUUUGCCUCUCCUUGGGCUUCAGCACCUUGUCGGCCUCAAGACAUCGAUUUCCAUGUUCCAUCGGAGUAUUUAACCAAUAUCCACAUAAGAGACAAGUUGGCUGCAAUCAAACUGGCUCGAUACGGUGAAGACCUGUUGUUCUACCUUUACUACAUGAAUGGUGGAGAUCUGCUACAGCUUUUGGCAGCAGUAGAGCUCUUUAACCGGGACUGGAGGUACCACAGAGAGGAGCGAGUUUGGAUAACGAGAGCACCUGGCAUGGAGCCGACACUGAAAACCAACACCUACGAGAGGGGCACCUACUACUUUUUUGAUUGUCUUAACUGGAGGAAAGUAGCCAAGGAAUUUCAUCUGGAGUAUGACAAGCUGGAAGAGAGGCCUCACGUGCCAACAACAUUCAACUACAACCCAGCCCAGCAGGCCUUCUAAGGCCCGACCAGCCCGGUGGCUGCAGCCGUUCCUGCACACAACACUGUUGUCAAGGAGGGGCGCUGUGGUUCAGACAGCUCUGUUUUUAUUCCUCGAGGAUUUGGCUAUUUGACUGCGGGGGUCGUUGCCACCAUUUAAAACUGCCCUGCCUUUCCAAAUUUACAUGCUGCCCAAAACACCAACACUUGUUCUGUUUUUAUUCUUUAUGUUCCUCCUGAUUUUUUUGACUUGUUUUGAGCAGGGUCUGUGUUAUGUUUACGUCUCUGAGACUGAAGCCUGUUUUCUCCCAGAAAGAAGGACUGACCUUGUGGCACGGGACAGUGACAGAACAAAGGUUGCACCUCAUAUUUACAGCAAGUGUUAAGAACAGCUAAAAUGCUGGGAAAGCUAAGUUAACAUUCUCAGACGCAAGUGAAAGGGUGAAAGAAAUGCAAUGUUUAUUGUUGCACUAUAUUUAGUAAUAAAAGAACACAAAGUUUGUUUGUGCUUUUUUAUGUCAACACUCCCUGAUAAUUUUUUUCUUCCUUUUCCAUGAUUUUGUUUCGUGUCAGGGAGUUCAUGCGAUGUUUCCCCACGCAUCCCUUUUCAUCUCACUUUUUUUUCCCUUCAACUUCCGACUUCCGUGUUUGCACCAUCGAGCUGUUUUCUGUCUCAUUUCUCCUUCUGUCUCCGUCUCUCUGUGACUUCUGUGCCGGCUGAACAUGGACACAAAUCUGGGAGACUCCUUUGGUUUCCACAAAUGUGGAGAAAUCCUCACAGAGGCUGAACAGCUACACGACUUUGCUCCAGAGCAAACAAACACUUUCCAGUCUUUGUUACGAUUUUGUAAGAAAUGUGUACAUUUUUUUCUUUGCAUCACAUAAAUUAGUAUAUGUAUGUAUGAAUGUGUAUAUAUGAUUGCUAUAUAUAUAUAUAUGUAUGUAUAUAUAUAUAUAUAUGACAUCUAUUUUGGAAGAAAUUUUGCCCUGCCUUGUACCUCGUUUUUAUGAGGUGAGCAUGGAUGCAAUAUGUGGACGUAACAGGAAUUUUCUGGAUCUGCUGGUCAGGGUGUCAAAUGGCACUGUGGGCACUUACAUCAAAAUAAUACAAAACUAAAAUGUCAUUUAAGGAAAGGCCUGAUUCUCAGCCAAACAAGAAGAAGAAGAAAAAACCUCAACAGAAAAUAAACGUGGAGAUCAUCCCCGAGUUUCAAUUCCAAAGCUAAAUGAGGGAUGUAUUUGAGUUGACGCUGUUUGAACAGCAACAGCAUUUCAUAGGAAACGGAAAACUGACAAUUUGAGGAGAAAAAAAAUCCAGACCAAUCUUGUAUUUUCUGAAGUUCAAAGCUUCUUUUCUUUGUAUUAAAGCAGAAAAGGCUUUCCUGAA